AUUGGCUGUACUGUGAGGUGAGGAGAAGCCAGAGGAGAGUAUAAGAGAGGCUUUGGUUUGGAUUGGGUGGUUGCUUAUCCGUUAUUCCACCGCGAGUUGGUGGUUGUGGUUGUCAUGGAAGGUUUAGCGUUUCAACUGUUGCACAUUCCAAAACUUGCUCUUCUUCCGACCACUCUUACUUCUUCUUCUUCUUCUUCUUCUUCUUUUGGAUUUCUCUCGCCCAAACAACAAAUACUACUACUACCUCGACCUCGACAUCGUUUUCGCUUUCGCUUUCGCACAUCAUCGAAUUCGCAGGCACAGUCCCUUCCUGAAGAACAAGAACAAGAACAAGAAGAGUUGCUCACAGUGAGUGGAGAUUCCAUUCGUGACAGGUUUCUCCGUUUCUAUGCUUCCCGUGGUCACAAGGUUCUUCCCAGUGCUUCUCUCAUCCCAGAUGAUCCCACCGUCCUCCUCACUAUCGCUGGCAUGCUUCAGUUCAAGCCUAUCUUCCUAGGCAAGAUUCCCAGGCAAGUAUCUCGUGCUACUACUUCUCAAAGGUGCAUACGUACUAACGAUAUCAACAACGUUGGCCUUACUUCUCGACAUCAAACCUUUUUUGAGAUGCUUGGUAACUUCAGCUUUGGUGAUUACUUCAAAAAACAAGCUAUUCAAUGGGCAUGGGAGCUCUCUACCUUAGAGUUUGGUCUCCCACCAGACAGAUUAUGGAUUAGUGUUUAUGAAAAUGAUGAUGAGGCUUUUCACCUCUGGUCUCAUGAGGUCGGUGUCCCCGUUGAGCGUAUAAAGAGGUUGGGUGAAGAGGACAACUUCUGGACUAGUGGAGUUACAGGUCCCUGUGGCCCUUGCUCAGAAAUUUAUUAUGAUUUUCAUCCUGAGAGGGGAUACAUGGAUGCUCAGGAUCUUGGUGACGAUACCAGAUUUAUAGAGUUCUACAAUCUAGUAUUCAUGCAAUACAACAAAAAAGAUGAUGGUUCUCUUGAACCUCUAAAGCAGAAGAACAUAGAUACUGGACUUGGAUUGGAGCGUAUGGCUCGCAUUCUUCAAAAGGUUCCCAACAAUUAUGAAACUGACUUGAUUUUCCCCAUCAUAGAGAAGGCCUCUGAAUUGGCAAAUGUUUCGUAUAGCAUUUCUGAUGAUCUUACAAAGAGAAAUCUGAAAAUUAUAGGAGAUCACAUGCGUGCAAUUGUGUUUCUCAUCUCUGAUGGUGUUGUCCCAUCAAAUGUGGGGAGAGGUUAUGUUGUUCGGCGGCUUAUCAGAAGGGUUGUUCGUACAGGCAGGUUGCUUGGUAUAAAGGGUGAUGGUAAAGGAGACCCUGAAGGAGCAUUUGUACCUAUUAUUGCUGAGAAAGUAGUGGAGUUGAGUACACACAUUGAUGCUGAUGUGAAAAACAGAUCACCCCGUAUCCUUGAGGAGUUAAAGAGAGAAGAGCUUCGGUUUGUGCAGACCCUAGAGAGAGGAGAGAAGUUGCUUGAGGAGAAGCUUGCUGGUGCUUUAUCAAGUGCCGGAAGAAAUGGAACUGUACCUUGCCUAGCUGGUGAAGAUGUGUUCCUUUUGUACGAUACUUAUGGAUUCCCAAUGGAGAUCACAAAAGAAGUGGCUGAAGAACGUGGCGUGAGUAUUGAUAUGAAUGGCUUUGAGAUGGAGAUGGAUAAGCAAAGGCGUCAAUCUCAAGCUGCACAUAAUACUGUCAAACUUUCCAUUGGAAAUGGGGCAAAUAUUGCAGAAAAUGUACCUGACACUGAAUUUAUUGGGUAUGACAGUCUUUAUUGUAAAGCAAUUGUAGAAAGCCUGGUGGUAAAUGGUGAUCCAGCUGUGCAGGUUAGUGAAGGGAGUAAUGUGGAAAUUUUGCUGAACAAGACUCCAUUUUAUGCUGAAUCAGGGGGACAAAUUGGAGAUCAUGGUUUUCUAUAUAUUUCAGGGGAUGAGAAUCAACAAAAAGCUGUUGUAGAGAUAAUAGAUGUUCAGAAAUCUUUAGGUAACAUAUUUGUUCACAAGGGUACAGUCCGAAAGGGUGUUGUGGAGGUUGGAAUAGAAGUGGAAGCAGCAGUGGAUGUAAAGCUGAGGCACCGUGCUAAGGUUCAUCAUACUGCUACUCAUUUACUACAAGCUGCUCUUAAAAAAGUCAUUGGUCAGGAGACCUCGCAAGCUGGUUCUUUGGUGGCAUUUGAUCGUCUGAGAUUUGAUUUCAACUUCCACCGACCACUUCUCGACAGUGAGCUUGCAGAAAUAGAAGUGCUGAUCAAUGGAUGGAUUGAGGAUGCGGUACUUCUUCAAACUAAAGUGAUGCCUCUUAGUGAUGCAAAAAGAGCUGGAGCUAUUGCAAUGUUUGGAGAAAAAUAUGGAGAAGAGGUACGUGUUGUAGACGUUCCUGGUGUAUCACUUGAACUUUGUGGAGGGACUCAUGUCGGUAAUACUUCUGAAAUUCGUGGUUUUAAAAUAAUCUCAGAGCAGGGUAUUGCAUCUGGAAUAAGGCGUAUAGAAGCUGUAGCUGGGGAAGCUUGCAUUGAAUAUGUCAAUUCUCGAGAUUUUUAUCUCAAGCAACUAUGUUCCACUCUCAAAGUUAAACCUGAAGAGGUAACGGCAAGGAUAGAAAACCUUUUAGAGGAGUUGCGUAUAGCAAGAAAUGAAAUUUCUGCUAUGCGUGCAAAAGCAGCAGUCUACAAAGCUUCGGCUAUUGCAAGCAAGGCAUUGUUGAUCGGGAAUUCAAAACAGUACAGAGUACUAGUUGAGUGUUUGGAUGAUGUGGAUGCUGAGUCACUUAAAAGUGCCGCAGAAUAUCUAGUGGAAACACUAACAGAUCCAGCAGCUGUUGUACUGGGCUCAUGUCCAGGUGAAGGGAAGGUUAGUCUAGUGGCUGCUUUUACUCCAGGGGUGGUUGAUCGAGGGAUUCAGGCAGGUAAGUUUAUUGGGCAAAUAGCAAAGUUAUGUGGUGGCGGCGGAGGUGGAAGGCCUAAUUUUGCUCAGGCUGGUGGGAGGAAGCCUGAAAACUUGACCAGUGCUCUCGAGAAGGCAAAAUCCGAGCUGAUAGCUACUCUAUCUGAAAAAUGAAACUGAAUUCAAAUACACCAGGCAAAUAUUUUCAUGCUAGAAGAACAGAAGAUAUUGAUUCUUUUUCUGAGGACUAGAACUCAAGUAACGAUGUUAUUUCCAAUAAUGGGAGGCUUAUAAUGGAAGAUUCAAAGUGGUGGAGCUCUUGUAAAAUGUUGGCUAUCCUUGUGACUUUAUUCUUCUGAGAUCUGAUCCAACUUGUAGUUUUUUGGCAUGCGCUCAAAUUGGAUGCAGGACUUUAUAAUUUUUCACAGUACAUGAAUGGAAGCUAAGUGUACUUACGCCUUUUUUUCUUGA